ACUAGUUUGAUUAUAUGGGAUGAGGCACCAAUGAACCAUAGGAAUUGUUUCGAAGCUUUAGAUAAAUCAUUGAGAGAUAUCUUGAAAGUAAAUGAUGAUAGUGUUGAGGAAAGGCUCUUUGGAGGAAAAACUAUUGUAUUCGGUGGAGAUUUUAGGCAAGUACUUCCUGUUAUUGUUGGAGGAACAAGACAAGACAUAAUUAAUGCAUUAAUCACCAAGUCAUACAUAUGGAAUAAUUGUAGAGUCUUCCGAUUGUCAACAAACAUGAGAUUGCUUAGAUGUCCGGUGAAUGAUUCAUCAAAAGAAAAGAUGGCAAAUUUUGCAAAAUGGAUACUCGAUUUAGGUGAUGGAAAAUUAGAUGCUAUGAAAUUAGAAACUGAUGAAGAGCCUACUUGGAUCAAAAUACCAGAUGCCUUACUUAUGAAGAGUAGUAGCGAUGGUAUUAAAGAUAUUGUUUCGGUGGUGUAUGAUAACAUUCAUCAGAACUACAAUGAUCCCGCAUAUUUAAGAGAUAGAGCUAUUAUCACACCAAUGAA